AUGAAGCCAGUGAUUGUUGUUGUUGGUGCUACUGGUCAGCAAGGUGGAAGUGUAAUCAAUGCAUUAAUCAAUUCGAAUAAAUGGACUGUACGUGGUCUGUCUCGAAAUAUUUCAUUGGAAGGCAGUCAAAAAUUGAUUGCGAACGGUGCUCAAAUGAUAUCAUGUAAUAUCGAUUGUUUUGAUGAAUGUGUAGAAGCUUUUAAAGAUGCAUACGGCGUCUUUGCCAUGACUAAUUAUUGGGAAUGUGGAAUGACGAAAGAAUAUGAACAAGGUAUGAAUAUGGUUAAUGCAGCAAAACAACAAGGUGUGAGGCAUUUUAUUUGGAGCAGUUUGCCUGAUACAAAGGCGAUUUCUAACGGACAACUUGAUUUACCUCAUUAUAGGUCGAAAGCUCGCGUUGAAUCGUAUAUUCGUUCUCAACAAAAUCCAUCAUUAUUUCCUUAUACAACGUUUAUUUAUGUUGGCUUUUAUUAUCAAAAUUUUCAAACAUUUUUUCAGCCAACACCUGAUUUUGAAUUUCGUGUUUCACUUCAACCUACUGGUCGUCUUCCUCUUUACGAUGUUCGUGAUACUGGUCCAGUUGUUUCUCAAUGCUUUGAACAUCCGGAACGAUGGGGACAAGGAAAUAUUGUUCCGCUCGUUGCUAAACGAUUAACAAUGGAUGAAGUAUGUGAAACAAUUCGAUGUGUUACGGGAAAUAAAUAUAUUCGUUAUAUACCAUUAACUUAUGAACAAUGUGCUGGACAAACAAAAGAAUCAAUUGAUAAUAUGAGAUGGUAUAAUGAAUAUGGAGAUGUCGAAGAAAGACAUGCAGAAAAAACAACAGAAGUUUAUAAUCAAAUGAAAACAUUAGCAGAAUGGAUUCAAGAAACAAAAUGGCUGAUAGACGAAAAAAAAUAA